CAGUGGGGAGGUGAGAAAACCGCACGAGCUGUUCACCUGCUAAAACACCACGCCGGGAAAAACAAAAGUUCAAAAUAGGAAAUAUGAAAACUGUCAUCUGACACCGUCAUAAUCCAGUGCAUCAUUGUGUUCGUUGGGCACCUGGUAAAUGAUUGAUUCAGAAGAUCUUUUAUCUUCUCCUCAGUAAGAGCACAAUGCUGACUCUUCCCUUUGAGGAUCCCAUCAUAAUGGACACUCAAUUCGGGGCAAACUUUCCAAGGGACUGCGUGGGAGACUUGAAGGGCAAUAAACAAGAGCCCUUUGAGAAGGAGGAGACUCUGUCCCAUGUGAUGGACGAUGAUGAUUCGGAGAAGGAUGAAGAUGAACGGGAGGACGGACAAGACGAGAACGGUCUGCCUCGGAGGAGAGGGCCUCGGAAAAAGAAAAUGACCAAAGCUCGGGUUGACCGGGUCAAGGUGAGGCGCCAGGAGGCCAACGCAAGAGAGAGGAACCGAAUGCAUGGUCUGAACAAUGCCUUGGACAGCCUGCGCAAGGUGGUACCGUGCUACUCCAAAACUCAGAAACUAUCCAAAAUCGAAACCCUGCGGCUGGCCAAAAACUACAUCUGGGCGCUCUCUGAGAUCCUGAGCACUGGGAAGAGGCCUGAUCUCUUGACCUUCGUUCAGACCCUGUGCAAAGGGCUUUCUCAGCCCACCACAAAUCUAGUGGCCGGAUGCCUGCAGCUGAAUGCAAGGAACUUCAUCCCGGAUCAGAUCAGCGGUGAGGCAUCUUUCUCCGGUAGGUCACCUUACGAAUCAGUGUACUCAACCUACCACAGUCCCAGUGUGGUGACGCCUUCUGGACCCUCCGUUGAUGCCGUCAAACCCUUCAGGUCGUUCAACUACUGCAGCUCCUAUGAGUCUUUCUACGAAAGCGUGUCGCCGGAAUGCGGAAGCCCUCAGUUUGAGGGUCCCUUAAGCCCUCCUAUGAACUUUAACGGGAUCUUUUCGCUCAAGCACGAAGAGCCGGUUGAGUACGGCAAGAGCUGCCACUACGGCACGCGCUACUGUGCGGUUCCGCCGCGCUCCUCCAUCGGCCAGAGCGCGCGGGGCUCGUCGGAUCUCCAUUUCCCAUAUGACAUUCACCUCCGCGGGCAGUUUUACCCCGUGCAAGACGAAUUAAACACUUUUCAUAAUUAACGAGAUGAGAGAGAAAGUCAUAUGUGAGUGAAAAUGCAGGACGUUCAAUCGCACAUGUAUUAUUUAUUAUAAAAAGCGCCCGUUUCUGAUUCUGGGUUUGGUCCAUCGGAUGUUUUAUUAUUUAUCAUUUUUAAUUAAAUGGAAAAUGUGCUUACGGUGUUUCUAAACGAACUGUUUUUAUUGAACUUAAAAUUGUUGUCGUGUUUUUAUGGGGAAAAAACAAUCCCCCUCAGAACUAUAGUGUGUUUUAUAAUUUAUUUUAUUUUAUUUUGUCAGCAUUUAUUGAUCUUACAAACACAAUCUGUAAAUAAGAACUAUUAGACUAAAAGGCGAAAUUUAAUUAUGAGGAUGAGGUCGUUCAAAUAUUUGCGAUGAAAAUUUAGGA